UUUGUGGGCCACUCUGAUUUAAAAGCAGCCCAACGACUUUAUCGGAGCACAGAGAGAAGUGACCUAACGCUGCAACCAAAAUGAAGCUUUUAGCUUCAGCCCUUUUCCUAGCAGUGCUGCAGUUCUCCCCUGCCCACAGCGAGGCAAGUGUCACCCCUGCGGACUGUGACACCAUCGAAACAGAUGCAGGAGUGGCCCUGGAUUUGGUCAACAGGCACCGCAGAGACGGCUAUGUUUUUGGGUUAUUCCGUGUUGUUGAUGCCUACAAGCAGGACGUAGGAAAUUCAUCAGUCCUUUACUUAACUUUGGAUGUGCUGGAAACUGAAUGCUCAGUAUUAUCUGGAAGACCCUGGGCAUCUUGUGAAUACAGCAAUGCCUAUUCCCAGGUCUUUGGGCAAUGUAAGAUUGUCACAUACACAAGCCAGUGGAUGAAAAAUAAACAGCAUCUAUAUGGAUUUAAUUGUACAGUAAGUCCAGUUCCUCCAGAUCUAUUAGAGUGUGAAGACUGUCCCGUGAAAGUUGAAGUCUUAGAAGUCACUGCGCAACACAAAGAUGUUGCUGCCAAGGCCCUGGAAAAAUACAACAGUGAGAGUAACCACACAAGCCACUUCAACGUGGACAAAGUUGAAAAAAUUUUAAAGAUGACUGGCUCCAGAGAAGGUCACGUUGUAGAAUUCUCCAUAAAAGAGACCAACUGUUCCAAACGUGCAGCACAACACACAGACACGCAACUGGAAUGUGAUUUUCUAGAUGGCUGGCGUGCCCAAAAGGGAUUCUGCAAGGCAACGAUCAAUGUCCCAGAAGAAAGGGAAGGAACUGAUAUAACCUGUGAACUCUACCAUCCCUGGUGCUUUCCCUGGUAUUUCUAUUACCAGCAGCACCACUGCGGGCAGAAAUGCAGCUCUCCACCUCCGUGUCGGCCCCACAAGCAUCCCCACCAUCGUGGUGGCCACGGGCAUCGUCACAGGCAUCGCCACCCACCCCACUUUGCAUCUAAGGACUCCGAGCAUCACCACAACUUCAGUGAAGAACAUCAAGACAGCCACGAAGGACAUCCUCCCCCGCCACCCCAUGGCGGGCCACAUCACCAUCACCCGCCACACCACCAUUGUCCUCCUCCUCCUCCCCAAGAGGAAGCACAUGACCCUGCUUCCCCUUUACUCAAGGAUGAAUCACAUCCCCCUCCUCCUCACCCUCCCCAGAAUGAAACACAUUAUUUCCCUCAUCCGCCCCACCACAGACCACCUCAUCCUCCUCCCCACCAUGAUGGACCACAUCAUUUCCCUCAUCCUCCCCACCAUGGACCACUUUGUCCUCAUCCUCCCCCCCACCACGAUGGACCAGACCACCCCCCUCAUCCUCCUCACCAUGGACCACCUUGUCCUCAUCAUCCCCACCAUCAUGGACCGCCUCAUCCCCCUCACCCUCCCCACCAUGGACCACACUGCCCUCCUCCCCACCAUCAUGGACCACCUCAUCCCCAUCAUCCCCCCCACCACAGACCACACUGUCCUCCUCCUCCUCCUCCAGGGCACCCUCGUUAUCACCAUCAUCACUACCACAGGCAUCCCUACAAUAAGACAAGCUUAUCAGGAAAGCACUUUCCAUUCCAACAAGGGGCUGUCUAUCGCAUUCCAGUUCUAAAUCAGCAGGACACUCUCACACUUCCCCUUUCAAACUUCCUCUCCCAAAGCGACCCUCAUUUCUCCGACACUGCAGAGGGUUCUCACUUCACUGGCUCAGGGCAAGAAAAAACCUCAGGAAUUCAUGAUUUUCCACAUCACCCUUCACAAUCAAAAUCAUGCCCAGGAAAACCCAAACGUCAACUGCCUCAUAUUUUGCUUUUACUUUCACAAGAAUCUGCAGCAAAAACCUCUCCUAAGUGAUCACAAAGGAAGGUGGGUUUGGUUUGAGGACUGGAAGAUAGAUGAGAGCUGUACAAUGCAAAGAAACAGCAUGGAGGAGGAAAGUGUACAACUUCUAGGAAUAAGAAACACUGAAAAUAAUGAUAAUUAAGACAAAUAUUCCAGCCUGUCUCCUGACCCCAGCUAUCUCAGACAGAUGCGACUGAAAGGAUCAACAUUUUGUAGAUCUUAACUAAUGUGAGUAGAUGCAAAUCUCCCUUGCAAGCAAUGUACCUUUAAUUCUAACAAAAUGGAAAAUUCUCUAAUAGUGGAAAUUGCCAUCUAAUAUCUUUCAUUUUCUCAUAAUGCCCAGGAUACCUCUGUACACAUCUACUGUAUUGUUUGUAAUGAUACACUAAUUCCAAGCU